UAUUACAAAGUAAUAAUAAACUCCUUAGAAGAAAAAAAAAUCACAUAUGGCUGAAUUCACAGAAAAUUUUCAAAAUAUUAUUAGACCCUCUUUUCCUUUUCUUGAUUCUGAUCAAAGCAUGGAACUCUUGAAUCAAUUCAUGGAGAAUUCUAACAUGAACAUGAUGCAGAAUUUGAUGCCUUUUUCUUGUGACAACAACAUCUUGGAACAUCAUCAACAUCAACAAGAACAAGAACAUGUGUUUCCACGAAACUUGGAAGAGAAUUUUCAUGGUCUUGUUCAUCAUCAUCAUGUUAAUAGUCACAACAAUGCAGUUCAAGUUUCACUUCAAGAUUUUCAAGAAAACAAAGUUCAUGAUGGUAAUAAUAAAAAGAGGAAAAUGAUGGAUUUUCAAGAGACUAGUUCGGCGAAUUCAACUCCUGCGGUUUCUGAAAGUGGAAGCAAAACAAAACUUAGUGGUGGAAGAGGAAAAAAAAUGAAAAGCUAUGAAACAGAAGAAGAAAAAGCAAAGGAAGUUGUUCAUGUUAGAGCAAGAAGAGGUCAAGCUACUGAUAGUCACAGUUUAGCAGAAAGGGUAAGAAGAGGAAAAAUCAAUGAGAAAUUGAGAUGCUUGCAGAAUAUUGUUCCAGGAUGUUACAAGACCAUGGGAAUGGCAGUAAUGUUGGAUGAAAUCAUAAACUAUGUUCAGUCAUUGCAGCAUCAAGUUGAGUUUCUUUCAUUGAAGCUUACUGCAGCAAGUACUUAUUAUGACUUCAAUUCAGAGGCAGAUGAUUUAGAAACAAUGCAGAGAGCAAGAGCAUCUGAGGCAAAGGAAUUGGCAAUGUAUAAGAGAGAAGGAUAUGGUGGAAUUUCAUGCUUUCAACCAACUUGGCCACUUUGAAUUUUAAUUUUGGAUGAUUUUAACUUUUCACAAAGUUAUUAUAUAUACAAGAAAUGAAAAUGUUUGAUUGUUUUCAAUAGCUAUAUAAGCACACAAGUGGAUGAUAUUCUUGUUUCAAAGAGGUGUAAAAAUCAAAUGGAAAGUUAAUAAUAGCUAGCUACAUAUUAUAUAA